AUGGCUCGCAUUGCACCGCAAAAGCGAAAGGCUAGUCACGUGGACUCGGUGGAGCGAGGUGAGGGUGUACCGCUCGGUCCACAGGCGGACAGGGAUGCGGCGAAGUUUGGUAGCGCUGGCGUCAUGAUGGUCAAGUGUGUACCUCGACUAGGCGUAGGUGUAGUGUACAUAUGCGUACAAGCUCCAGACGGCCAAAUUCUGCUCUCGCAACAAGAAGUCAAAGGCCCGCACGGCACACUCUGCGACAUGCAAUCUCCCCCACACCUCCCACCAGCCUCAACCGCGGGGCAGGACGUGAUUGAGCCAAGAUUGACGGGGGAGGCAGAAAUGCCAGCGCAGUCAUGCCUAGGUGUCUCUGCCCUGGCUGUCGCACCCCCGCCAGGCCAUGUUCGUCUUAUUCAUGGGCGCCUGGCCAAUCACGUGUGUCCCUCCAAGCCAACACCCUCCCGGCCCAAGACUCGUACCAAAUAUAAAAGUACCACCAAGGUCCUUCCCUUCAACAGCUUGGUGCAUCUCGACCUCGGGCAUGGUUUCAGGAAGCGCCGCGUUCGGGAGCUGUUUAUGCCACGACAGUGCUCCUGCGGUGUUACUGAGGCCUGCAAACCCGCAGGCCAGGUAGAGGCAAUGGCACUACAGGGCAAGUUGCAUGACGGUACUUUGCUAUCUACUGUCGGCUCCUGUGCUAGCCGGCCGUCUCCCUGUGGCACGUAACUUUAUUUCUCCCCCCAUAGUAGUUGGGUGUUUGUGCCUCACGACUGCACUCCGCGUUCCGCACUCCGCAUUGCGCACUUGGGCACUCCACACUCUGCACGUAAUGCGUAGAGGAUAGAGUGCUGAGUGCCGUUGCUGACUGUCCAGGCACUAGGCCGCCACGUGCUUCACGCCGACUGCCUUAGUCAGCCCACAACACAUGUGCGCCAAUUUAAUGCUAGUACAAUCUAGUAGAAUCUAUUACCCCGCCGUCAGUAGUAGGGAUGACCGCAAGUAGAG